AAAGAAGAGACGGACAGAGAAGAAACCCAGAGAGAGAGAGCGAGGCUGUAGCUGGAAAAUGUAGAUAGACACCUUGGAGAGAAGAGAAGCACGCAGAAGGGCCAGCGCUCAAGUAGAGUAGAGAGGAGAUUGUACAGGAGGACGGGAGGAGAAAAGAGGGGAGGAGAGACCGGCAGAACCAGCAAGACGAGAGAGAGAGCAGUGUGUGGAGAGAAAGAGAGAGCGAGAGAGACGAAGGAGGGGGACACAGACCACUGUGAGAGGAGGGUGCCGGCUUUGCACGGUAACGGCUGCAGACACGACACGCAGACAGAGAGACGGACUACAGAGCUGCACACACACACACUCACACAAACACACAUAAAGAGUGUGUGAGACAUGCCCAGGCUGCUGCCCAUGGACACACACAACCUGGCAGGGCAUCCGAGAGGACAUACAGACCCCUAUGUCUAAGGAGUCAUGGAGAGCAGCAUGUUUUUCGGUAAUGCAUGUCAAAAUGUCCUCCUGUCGACGCUGAUACGUCCUGCUCUACCCACCAUCCAGCAGUCUCUGGGCAUGAAGCAGUUCCAGCUCCCGUUUCCCCUGGAUACGGCCUCAGCAGUCAGCCUCUUCCCCGGCUUCGGCACGAUGGACCCAGUUCAGAAAGCUGUUAUGCAUCACACGUUUGGAGUUCCUCCCUUGACGAAGAGAAGACACGUCUCGUGCAGCGUGUGCCAACUGAGAUUCAACUCACAGAGCCAAGCCUUAGCCCACUACAAAGGAACAAAACAUGCCAAGAAGCUGAAAUCUCUGGACGCUACCAAAUGUAAGCUCAAAGGUACAGUGGUCACCAAGGAAACCACUAACCAGGAAGUCCCUAAGAGCAUCAACCCUCCAGCAAUGUGCUACGGCACUGACAGGAAAGAUGGCUUUCCAGGUGCAUCGCCACUACCACUAUCUCCUGUGCUCACACUGGCUCCAACCCUGGGAUCCCUGGCAUCAACCCUGGCACCCAUGACAUCAAUGUUACCACCCCUGACACCUACGCUGGCAUCGAGUCCCAACUCAUCCACAGGGACAGAGACUACCUCAGCUACAGGAUGGGAUGACAUGGCCUCGCCCAAACCCAGCUCACCUUUAGAACCAGACAUGGAGGUGGAGCAAGAGGCUGAGACAGACCCGGAGACAGAGGAAGAGAAAGCCAGGCGUCUGCUCUACUGCUCGCUCUGCAAGAUGGCCGUCAACUCAGCAUCCCAACUGGAGGCUCAUAACAGCGGUACGAAGCACAAGACCAUGCUAGAGGCCAGGAGUGGUGUGGGAUCCAUCAAGUCCUUCCCCCGGCCAGGGGUCAAGAGUAAGCUAGCUCCGCCCACCAAGGCAGCCACGGGCCUGCAGAACAAAACAUUUCACUGUGAGAUCUGCAAUGUGCAUGUCAACUCCGAGACACAGCUAAAACAGGUGAGAAACACCAAGGUGUUACAUGAACAUUAGCCAUUGUAUAUUAUCACAGUUC